GUAUAUAAAAUAUGAAGUCUUCACGAAUUUGGAUUUUAUCAAUAAAUUAAUUUAUAACGUGAAAGUUUUCUCAUCACCUCAAGACAAUAGGAUGCUGAGCCCUGAAAUAUUCAAUUUUCCAGCUCCGGAAUCUUUGUUCCAAGUAGAAAAAUUUGAAGGCAAAGUGCCAUUGAACAACCAAAACAUCAACAACUUUCAUUAUAAUCAUCUGGUAACCAUAAUUAUUCCCGAUUCCGCAAAAUUGGAGCAAUUAAAUGAAAAAGUCACUCAGGAUUGUAGUUAUUACAAAAUUCUUGGUUUGAAACUUGAAGAUUUGGUCAGCUUAAAAUUUAUUUGUGGUUUUAUAAGAAGUGGAAAAUUAUCUCUUUUGAGCAUUGAUAGAAGAAUUGACUGUGAUACAUGCUUUGGUCUGGACCCAUAUGGUCAACUACUUGUGACUGUGGACAAAGAAACCUACCAGUCACUAGGACUAGAAGGCAGUAUUUCUCACUUCACUAGAAAAUUAAAAAAUCAUUUCACAAUAACAGUCGAUUUAGCCGAUGAGAAAUUAAUUAAAAACACAUCAAGGCUAUCAAAAUUGAAAACCUGUCUAGGUAGGCUUGAAAAGUGCUCAGUCAUAGUUACCUGGAAACCUCCAAACGAGGAUAUCUGUCCAUCUUCUAUAGCCAAAUACUUUUCUGACCUUGGAUAUGUGGUCAAGCAAUGUACACCGAAUUUCAGAAGACAUACUGUAUAUUCCAAAGUACCAGAUUUUGAUCUGGGUAGUAUAGAUGUCACUAAUGCCAAGGAGUUUGCAGAGUGGUUAGGCUUUGUAUCCAUUGAUGGAGAUUUCCAAGAAGACCCUAGUGGUUAUUUAUCCAGUUAUGUGGUGCCUUCUGCUACAGGGGUAGCCAAAAAAAUCGACUGUCUUCAGUGGAGGGGGUUUUUCACUGCUACUGAUAUCAAGGAAAUGAUUGAACAAAUAAUAAAAACAACUAAUUUGGCGAAUCUCCCUUGGAUAUCAAUAUACAUACAAGGAUUCUCUGAUUCUCCAGUAUCUUGGACCAAUGAAGAGCAACAUUAUUACACCAAUGGUGAUAAUGGUUACAUCAUAAUAUUCAACAAAGAAAAUGGGCUAUUUUGUAUUCAGAAGUGUUCAAGAAAACGAUACAAAGAUGUUAACAAAUAUAAAUGAACUUUCUUGUUUAUUUCUUGAACAAAGUGAAGAUCAAA